AUGUCGAAAAGUACCGAUAUAUCGAAAAGUACCGAUAUGUCGAUAAGUACCGAUAUAUCGAUAAGUACCGAUAUAUCGAAAAGUACCGAUAUAUCGAAAAGUACCGAUAUAUCGAUAAGUACCGAUAAAUCGAUAAGUGCCGAUAUAUCGAUAAGUACCGAUAUAUCGAUAAGUGCCGAUAUAUCGAUAAGUACCGAUAUAUCGAAAAGUGCCGAUAUAUCGAAAAGUACCGAUAUAUCGAAAAGUACCGAUAUAUCGAAAAGAACCGAUAUAUCGAAAAGUACCGAUAUAUCGAAAAAUAUCGAUAAGUACCGAAAAGAUAUCGAUAAGUACCGAAAAGGCAUCGAAAAGUACCGAGAAGAUAUCGAAAAGUACCGAAAAGAUAUCGAAAAGUAUCGAAAAGAUAUCGAAAAGUAUCGAAAAGAUAUCGAAAAGUAUCGAUAUAUAUCGAAAAGUAUCGAUAUAUAUCGAAAAGUAUCUAUAUAUAAGGAAAAGUAUCGAUAUAUAAGGAAAAAUAUCGAAAAGUACCGGGAAGAUAUCGAAAAGUACCGAAAAGAUAUCGAAAAGUACCGAAAAGUUAUCGAAAAGUACCGAAAAGAUAUCGAAAAGUACCGAAAAGAUAUCGAAAAGUACCGAAAAGAUAUCGAAAAGUACCGAAACGAUAUCGAAAAGUACCGAAAAGAUUUCGAAAAGUACCGAAAAGAUUUCGAAAAGUACCGAAAACAUUUCGAAAAGUAUCGAAAAGAUAUCGAAAAGUAUCGAAAAGAUAUAGAUAAGUAUCGAAAAGAUAUAGAUAAGUAUCGAAAAGAUAUCGAUAAGUAUCGAAAAGAUAUCGAAAAGUAUCGAAAAGAUAUCGAAAAGUAUCUAUAUAUAUCGAAAAGUAUCUAUAUAUAUCGAAAAGUAUCUAUAUAUAUCGAAAAGUAUCUAUAUAUAUCGAAAAGUAUCUAUAUAUAUCGAAAAGUAUCUAUAUAUAAUGAAAAGUAUCGAUAUAUAAUUAAAAUAUCGAUAUAUAAGUACCGAAAAGAUAUCGAAAAGUACCGAAAAGAUAUCGAAAAGUACCGAAAAGAUAUCGAAAAGUACCGAAAAGAUAUCGAAAAGUAUCGAAAAGAUAUCGAAAAAUAUCGAAAAGUACCGAAAAGAUAUCGAAAAGUACCGAAAAGAUAUCGAAAAGUACCGAAAAGAUUUCGAAAAGUACCGAAAAGAUAUCGAAAAGUACCGAAAAGAUAUCGAAAAGUACCGAAAAGAUAUCGAAAUGUACCGAAAAGUACCGAAAAGUACCGAAAAGAUAUCGAAAAGUACCGAAAAGAUAUGGAAAAGUACCGAAAAGAUAUCGACAAGUACCGAAAAGAUAUCGACAAGUACCGAAAAGAUAUCGACAAGUACCGAAAAGAUAUCGACAAGUACCGAAAAGAUAUCGACAAGUACCGAAAAGAUAUCAACAAGUACCGAAAAGAUAUCGAAAAGUACCGAAAAGAUAUCGAAAAGUAUCGAAAAGAUAUCGAAAAGUAUCGAAAAGAUAUCGAAAAGUAUCGUAGAGAUAUCGAAAAGUAUCGAAAAGAUAUCGAAAAGUAUCGAUAUAUCGAUAAGUAUCGAUAUAUCGAAAAGUAUCGAUAUAUAGAAAAUAUCGAAAAGAUAUCGAAAAGUAUCGAAAAGAUAACGAAAAGUAUCGAAAAGAUAUCGAAAAAUAUCGAAAAGAACCGGAAAGAUAUCGAAAAGUACCGAAAAGAUAUCGAAAAGUACCGGAAAGAUAUCGAAAAGUACCGAAAAGAUAUCGAAAAGUACCGAAAAGAUAUCGAAAAGUACCGAAAAGAUAUCGAAAAGUACCGAAACGAUAUCGAAAAGUACCGAAAAGAUUUCGAAAAGUACCGAAAAGAUUUCGAAAAGUAUCGAAAAGAUAUCGAAAAGUAUCGAAAAGAUAUAGAUAAGUAUCGAAAAGAUAUCGAUAAGUAUCGAAAAGAUAUCGAUAAGUAUCGAAAAGAUAUCGAAAAGUAUCGAAAAGAUAUCGAAAAGUAUCGAAAAGACAUCGAAAAGUAUCGAAAAGAUAUCGAAAAGAUAUCGAAAAGUAUCGAAAAGAUAUCGAAAAGUAUCGAAAAGAUAUCGAAAAGUAUCGAAAAGAUAUCGAAAAGUAUCGAAAAGAUAUCGAAAAGUAUCUAUAUAUAUCGAAAAGUAUCUAUAUAUAUCGAAAAGUAUCUAUAUAUAUCGAAAAUAUCGAUAUAUAAGUACCGAAAAGAUAUCGAAAAGUACCGAAAAGAUAUCGAAAAGUACCGAAAAGAUAUCGAAAAGUACCGAAAAGAUAUCGAAAAGUAUCGAAAAGAUAUCGAAAAAUAUCGAAAAGUACCGAAAAGAUAUCGAAAAGUACCGAAAAGAUAUCGAAAAGUACCGAAAAGAUAUCGAAAAGUACCGAAAAGAUAUCGAAAAGUACCGAAAAGAUAUCGAAAAGUACCGAAAAGAUAUCGAAAAGUACCGAAAAGUACCGAAAAGUACCGAAAAGAUAUCGAAAAGUACCGAAAAGAUAUCGACAAGUACCGGAAAGAUAUCGACAAGUACCGAAAAGAUAUCGACAAGUACCGAAAAGAUAUCGACAAGUACCGAAAAGAUAUCGAAAAGUCCCGAAAAGAUAUCGAAAAGUAUCGAAAAGAUAUCGAAAAGUAUCGAAAAGAUAUCGAAAAGUAUCGUAAAGAUAUCGAAAAGUAUCGAUAUAUCGAAAAGUACCGAAAAGAUAUCCAAAAGUAUCGAAAAGACAUCGAAAAGUACCGAAAAGAUAUCGAAAAGUACCGAAAAGAUAUCGAAAAGUACCGAAAAGAUAUCGAAAAGUACCGAAAAGAUAUCGAAAAGUAUCGAAAAGAUAUCGAAAAGUAUCGAAAAGAUAUCGAAAAGUAUCUAUAUAUAAUGAAAAUAUCGAUAUAUAAUGAAAAGUAUCGAAAAGAUAUCGAUAAGUAUCGAAACGAUAUUGAUAAGUAUCGAAAAGAUAUCGAUAAGUAUCGAAAAGAUAUAGAUAAGUAUCGAGAAGAUAUCGAUAAGUAUCGAAAAGAUAUCGAAAAGUAUCGAAAAGACAUCGAAAAGUAUCGAAAAGAUAUCGAAAAGAUAUCGAAAAGUAUCGAAAAGAUAUCGAAAAGAUUCGAAAAGAUAUCGAAAAUAUCGAUAUAUAAGUACCGAAAAGAUAUCGAAAAGUACCGAAAAGAUAUCGAUAAGUACCGAAAAGAUAUCGAAAAGUAUCGAAAAGAUAUCGAAAAGUAUCGAUAUAUAUCGGAAAUAUCGAUAUAUAAUGAAAAGUAUCGAUAUAAUGAAAAGUAUCGAAAAGAUAUCGAAAAGUAUCGAAAAGAUAUCGAAAAGUAUCGAAAAGAUAUCAAAAAGUAUCGAAAAGACAUCGAAAAGUAUCGAAAAGAUAUCGAAAAGUAUCGAAAAGAUAUCGAAAAUAUAGAUAUAUCGAAAAGUAUCGAUAAGUAUCGAUAUAACGAUAAGUAUCGAUAUAUCGAUAAGUAUCGAUAUAUCGAUAAGUAUCGAUACAUCGAUAAGUAUCGAUAUAUCGAUAAGUAUCGAUAUAUCGAUAAGUAUCAAUAUAUCGAUAAGUAUAGAUAUAUCGAAAAGUAUCGAUAUAUCGAAAAGUAUCGAUUUAUCGAAAAGUACCGAUAUAUCGAAAAGUACCGAAAAGAUAUCGAAAAGUACCGAAAAGAUAUCGAAAAGUACCGAAAAGAUAUCCAAAAGUACCGAAAAGAUAUCGAAAAGUACCGAAAAGAUAUCGAAAAGUACCGAAAAGAUAUCGAAAAGUAUCGAAAAGAUAUCGAAAAGUAUCGAAAAGAUAUCGAAAAGUAUCGAAAAGAUAUCGAAAAGUAUCUAUAUAUAAUGAAAAAUAUCGAUAAGUAUCGAAAAGAUAUUGAUAAGUAUCGAAAAGAUAUCGAUAAGUAUCGAAAAGAUGUCGAAAAGUAUCGAAAAGAUAUCGAUAAGUAUCGAAAAGAUGUCGAAAAGUAUCGAAAAGACAUCGAAAAGUAUCGAAAAGAUAUCGAAAAGAUAUCGAAAAGUAUCGAAAAGAUAUCGAAAAGUAACGAAAAGAUAUCGAAAAGUAUCUAUAUAUAUCGAAAAGUAUCUAUAUAUAAUGAGAAGUAUCGAUAUAUAAUUAAAAUAUCGAUAUAUAAGUACCGAAAAGAUAUCGAAAAGUACCGAAAAGAUAUCGAAAAGUACCGAAAAGAUAUCGAAAAGUAUCGAAAAGGUAUCGAAAAGUAUCGAAAAGGUAUCGAAAAGUAUCGAUAUAUCGAUAAGUAUCGAAAAGAUAUCGAAAAUACCGAUAUAUCGAAAAGUACCGGUAUAUCGAAAAGUACCGAUAUAUCGAUAAGUACCGAUAUAUCGAAAAGUACCGAUAUAUCGAAAAGUACCGAUAUGUCGAAAAGUACCGAUAUAUCGAAAAGUACCGAUAUGUCGAUAAGUACCGAUAUAUCGAAAAGUACCGAUAUAUCGAAAAGUACCGAUAUAUCGAUAAGUACCGAUAUAUCGAUAAGUACCGAUAAAUCGAUAAGUGCCGAUAUAUCGAUAAGUACCGAUAUAUCGAUAAGUACCGAUAUAUCGAUAAGUACCGAUAUAUCGAAAAGUGCCGAUAUAUCGAAAAGUACCGAUAUAUCGAAAAAUAUCGAUAAGUACCGAAAAGAUAUCGAUAAGUACCGAAAAGAUAUCGAAAAGUACCGAGAAGAUAUCGAAAAGUACCGAAAAGAUAUCGAAAAGUAUCGAAAAGAUAUCGAAAAGUAUCGAAAAGAUAUCGAAAAGUAUCGAUAUAUAUCGAAAAGUAUCGAUAUAUAUCGAAAAGUAUCUAUAUAUAAGGAAAAGUAUCGAUAUAUAAGGAAAAAUAUCGAAAAGUACCGGAAAGAUAUCGAAAAGUACCGAAAAGAUAUCGAAAAGUACCGAAAAGUUAUCGAAAAGUACCGAAAAGAUAUCGAAAAGUACCGAAAAGAUAUCGAAAAGUACCGAAAAGAUAUCGAAAAGUACCGAAACGAUAUCGAAAAGUACCGAAAAGAUUUCGAAAAGUACCGAAAAGAUUUCGAAAAGUACCGAAAACAUUUCGAAAAGUAUCGAAAAGAUAUCGAAAAGUAUCGAAAAGAUAUAGAUAAGUAUCGAAAAGAUAUAGAUAAGUAUCGAAAAGAUAUCGAUAAGUAUCGAAAAGAUAUCGAAAAGUAUCGAAAAGAUAUCGAAAAGUAUCUAUAUAUAUCGAAAAGUAUCUAUAUAUAUCGAAAAGUAUCUAUAUAUAUCGAAAAGUAUCUAUAUAUAUCGAAAAGUAUCUAUAUAUAUCGAAAAGUAUCUAUAUAUAAUGAAAAGUAUCGAUAUAUAAUUAAAAUAUCGAUAUAUAAGUACCGAAAAGAUAUCGAAAAGUACCGAAAAGAUAUCGAAAAGUACCGAAAAGAUAUCGAAAAGUACCGAAAAGAUAUCGAAAAGUAUCGAAAAGAUAUCGAAAAGUAUCGAUAUAUCGAUAAGUAUCGAAAAGAUAUCGAAAAAUAUCGAAAAGUACCGAAAAGAUAUCGAAAAGUACCGAAAAGAUAUCGAAAAGUACCGAAAAGAUUUCGAAAAGUACCGAAAAGAUAUCGAAAAGUACCGAAAAGAUAUCGAAAAGUACCGAAAAGAUAUCGAAAUGUACCGAAAAGUACCGAAAAGUACCGAAAAGAUAUCGACAAGUACCGAAAAGAUAUGGAAAAGUACCGAAAAGAUAUCGACAAGUACCGAAAAGAUAUCGACAAGUACCGAAAAGAUAUCGACAAGUACCGAAAAGAUAUCGACAAGUACCGAAAAGAUAUCGACAAGUACCGAAAAGAUAUCAACAAGUACCGAAAAGAUAUCGAAAAGUACCGAAAAGAUAUCGAAAAGUAUCGAAAAGAUAUCGAAAAGUAUCGAAAAGAUAUCGAAAAGUAUCGUAGAGAUAUCGAAAAGUAUCGAAAAGAUAUCGAAAAGUAUCGAUAUAUCGAUAAUAUCGUUAUAUAUCGAAAAGUAUCUAUAUAUAAGGAAAAGUAUCGAUAUAUAAGGAAAAGUAUCGAUAUAUAA